CAAUAGAAACUGGGAAAAAUAUGAAAUCGUUGAAUAUAAUCUGACGUUUCUGUUCUGGCAGAUGCAAAUGUCGAAAUUAAAAGUUUGAUUACAAAUAAGAAUAUAAUGAAAGAUGAGAAACUUUUUAACUGCAGCUGGUAUCACUUCCUUGAGAAGAAGUGAAGCGCUUCGCCAUAAUCACACUCAUAUUCCAAAAAUAAUGAGCAAAUUCAAUACUUAUCCACCCUGUUGAUUAUGGAGAAAUCCGAAGGGGUAAAGAUUUAGUCUUUUGUAGAACUAAUGUGUUAUUUUUAGAUGGUUCUAACUGUAAGCAUAUAGCUUAUACAUUCCUUCAUAACCAAUUGACAUUAUCAUGACUUCGGAGUUGAAACAUGGAGAAGAACGAUUUACGGUUCAUUAUAGUCUUCAAUUCAAGCGAGCAUGUCUAAUUUCGGUUUCUCUUCCACUUUCUGCACUGAUCAUUUGUUUCUUCACUGCGUAUGCAUUCCAGUAUAAUGACAUACAGGAAACUCACUGUCGAGUAUUCAACGUCAUUCCUUCUAUCAGCGCCGUCACUGGCAUAACCCCUCAAACAUAUCUUUGGCGAAUAAGUAUUGUUUUUCAUAUAUUACCGAGAUUGAUCAUUUCUGCUGUGCAUCGAUCUUAUCUACUUGGAUUAAUGAAUGUUCUUGCUCAACCAGAGAUUCAAUCUAAAGCUCAUUUUUGGCUAAAUGCUGCGUUUUCAUUGAAUGCCAUUGAAACUGGUGCAUUGUGCGGAGUUACUUAUAUCUCCAAUAGGGAAAAUUAUGCUGUGCAUGAAAAAUUGUUCAUCAUAUUCAUAAUCAGUAGCCUGACUCAUAUGUUGGCUUGCAUAAAAGGUGUUAACAUAAUGGCAGAAUUGAAGAAUGGCACAAAUGAUGUACUCAGACAUAUACAAUUGAAAAAGAAACUGUUUAAAAUUUCCAUUUCGAGCACAAUUGGCUUGGUUGUUUUCUUUCUGCAACAUAGAUUAUUUUGUCACAGAUUAGCCAACAUUUUUUUUUCAGCUUUCAGUAUGUUUGCUUUCUGCGAGUAUAUCAUAGCAUUUGCCAACAUAGGUUUCCAUAUAGCAGUUAUAUUAGAUCUUCCCACUGAGAGUUUUUUGGUAGCUAACAGGUUGACCGAUUGUCCUCUAGAAGAAACUCGUAAACAAAAAUGAUUCGACUUCUCCAUACGAGGUUAAAUAUUAGUGAUUAAGAAUCUAGUCAUUUUACUGUAUUUAUCAUGAAGAUAAUAUUGAAUCCAGUGAGGGUACCAACAUAUCCAUUUGUUCAAAACUGAACUACUGCCUAAAAUAUGCUUCCUCACAGACAUUUUUUUGCCAAUUAGUCUUUCCAGGAAUAUUUAAGUAAAAUGAAUUUUUAAUUGAUCUCUCUUUACAUUUAAUUUUUUUUUCAACAUUUUUGCAUUCAAAUUUUUACAAUAGGUUUAGCAUAGAGUAGAGCCACGAAUAUGUACAUUUCCUGUGAUCCAUUACCUUUUCUAGUCACAUUUGAGAUUGUAUUCCUAUAGCAUAUGCAUUUAUAAUUAAAUUAAAGUAAUUUCCAUUACUUUAGAUAACUAAUAAAACACUAUUCGAUAA